CAACGGAGUCUGGCUUGGAGAGGACGUGACCGACCUACUCAAGUUGGGUGUCUCUAGUGUCAGUCUCUAAUGUUUCCAGGGUUGACGCUAGCACCAGCAUCCCCUGUGCCCCUUGAGACAGUUCCCUGCACCCCUCAUCCCGGCUGCCGGCUGGGCGGAGCGCCCUCGUCCUCUCACUUUGGGUGUGUUCCUCCCUCAGCAGACCGUGACUCCUCUGUCAGGGACACAGCCAGUGCAUUGCCAUCGGACUGGUGCUAGGCUGCUAGGCGCGUGGCCACCAUGACAGGAAGCAACAUGUCCGAAUGCUUGGCCGACGCCAUGUGCCAGCGCUGCCAGGCCCGGUUCAGCCCCACAGAGCGCAUCGUCAACAGCAAUGGGGAACUCUACCACGAGCACUGCUUUGUGUGCGCACAGUGCUUCCGGCCAUUCCCCGAGGGGCUCUUCUAUGAGUUUGAGGGCCGGAAGUACUGUGAACAUGACUUCCAAAUGCUGUUUGCUCCAUGCUGCGGAUUCUGCGGUGAGUUUGUCAUUGGACGCGUGAUCAAGGCCAUGAACACCAACUGGCAUCCAGGCUGCUUCCGCUGUGAGUUGUGCGACGUGGAGCUGGCUGACCUGGGCUUUGUGAAGAAUGCAGGCAGGCACCUCUGCCGGCCUUGCCACAGCCGUGAGAAAGCCAAGGGCCUGGGCAAAUUCAUCUGCCAGCGGUGUCACCUAGCCAUUGAUGAACAGGCCCUCAUGUUCAAGAAUGAUCCCUACCAUCCGGACCACUUCAGCUGUUCCCACUGUGGGAAGGAGCUGACUGCUGAUGCCCGAGAGCUGAAGGGUGAGCUAUACUGCUUGCCUUGCCAUGACAAGAUGGGCGUCCCCAUCUGUGGGGCCUGUCGCCGGCCAAUUGAGGGCCGUGUGGUCAACGCAUUGGGCAAGCAGUGGCAUGUGGAGCACUUUGUCUGUGCCAAGUGUGAGAAGCCAUUCCUGGGGCACCGGCACUAUGAGAAGAAGGGCCUAGCCUACUGUGAGACCCACUAUAACCAGCUCUUUGGGGAUGUCUGUUACAACUGCAGUCAUGUGAUUGAGGGUGACGUGGUGUCAGCCCUCAGCAAAGCCUGGUGCGUGAACUGCUUCUCCUGCUCUGCCUGCAACAUGAAGCUCACUCUGAAGAACAAGUUUGUGGAGUUCGAUAUGAAGCCUGUGUGUAAGAGAUGCUAUGAAAAGUUCCCCCUGGAGCUGAAGAAGAGGCUGAAGAAGCUGUCUGACAUGACCUCACGCAAGGCCCAGCCCAAGUCUGUGGACAUCAACUCAGUCUGAAGGGCCUCAGCCCCAUGUGCCUGCCUGCCCCAAUUCCCGCUGGCCACCUCGCACUUCUGCUCCAUCCCCGGCCCCUCCCUCUGUUCCCAGUCUACCUUGGGCUACAUAGUACUCCCUUCUGCACUGAGACCUGGCCUGCCCUCAUGGGCAUUUCUUCAGGUGCCUACAAUCUCUGGGGCAGGAACAAACUGGGGCCAGGGUUAUCUGCCAUUUGCUCGGCCCACGGAUCCCAGCCUGACACCUGUCCUUUCCACUCUCCUGGGAAUGUUUCAGUCUCAGAGAGACCCUUGGGCUUGGCUGGGAAGCUGUUCCAGCCCCAGGGCCAGCACCAUGCAGAUGGAGGCUUCUGGGGGAGAGGUAAUCCUAUAGUUAUUCAACCACAUUAGGUCCCUGUGCUUACACUGCAAAUCCAGCCACCUCUGGGGUGACCCAGCUGGAGGGCUGAGAUUCCCAUCGCCCUCACUACUCAGGAGAGUUUGCAGAAAGCCGCUAGGCUGCCCACCAAGGCUGGGGUCCCACUUCCCAGUAUGUGUGUAUGUGUCGG